AUGUUGUCUGGUAUAAUCGUCCUCUUUGUCACUGCAUUCGCAGUUUACUUCUACAGCCGUCGACGCAGUAGAUUGCCACUACCACCUGGGCCACAUCCAAAGUUCUUCACUGGAAAUGCAUCAACUACCCAAGCAGGAGUCUUGGCGGAUGUACGCCACUUGGGCGGAAAGUUAUGGUGCAUAAUCUCCAGUUCUCUGCUUUCUGGGACACUUGCUAACCUACUUCUCGUAGGGCCCAUCCUCUCCUUCCGUGUACCUGGCCAGCAGUUCAUAGUGCUCAAUGUAUGGAUGCACACAGAACUUGCGAAGCGCAUGCUGACCGCGGUCAGCAUAUCUUUCAAUCACGCGUAUUUCAAGACUUAUCGAAGAUGUUUCAGAGCAAGUCUGAGUCCCCGCAAUAUACAAAGGUACAGUCGCCUGCAAAUCGAAGAAUCUCGAGAAACGCGGCGGGCCGUUGUCCUUAAUCUCGCAUAUGGCUGGAAGGUCACUAAGAAUGAUGCUUAUCUCAUUGGCAUCUUGCAAGAAAGCAUUUGCCAUGUCUGCUUAUACUGUCCCGGCCUGGCCGUUUGGUUGGUCGAAGUGAUACCAUCCUGCGCAGGUUUUAAACGCGUGGCCUUCGACCUCGGGAAAAAGCUAAGUAGGACUGAUACCAUACCAUUUGACUGGACGAAACAGCAAAUAAAAAGUGAUAACUAUGCUCCUUCGUCGUCUCAGAAACAGCUCCUUCGGGAGGAUGGGUCCACAGUCGGCGCCGAGCAAGAAGAAAUAAUCAAGUGGUGCAUGCACAGGGGAUCUAUGCCGGGGGAGCAGGACACCACAGUAGCAGCCGCCACGUCCUUUGUUCUGGCGAUGAUGCUCUAUCCCGAGGUGCAGAAGCAUGCGCAGGCAGAGAUCGAUGCUGUCGUGGGCCAAGACAGAUUUCCCACUUUCGAGGAUAGAGAAAAGCUUCCGUACAUCAGAGCGCUCAUCCAGGAGAUCCUCCGCUGGGCACCCACGUCUACGAAGGGUACCGAAUUUCCUAAGGGUGCCAUCGUCAUAGCAAACAUCUUUUCCAUGUCACGCGAUAAAGAGACGUACCCCGACCCAUUGGAGUUUCAGGCCCGAACGCUUCCCUCGGUCCCCUCUCCCCAAUUGGACCCGCACAAAUUCGUCUUUGGGUUCGGGCGUCGUGCAUGCCCUGGAAUCCAUUUUGCCGAAGCAUCAUUAUACCUGAAUAUUUCUUGUACCCUUGCUGCGUUCACGAUCGCUAAAACCGCUAGAUGA